AUGGGCAUUGUCUCUACACAAAGUUCCUUUAGUCUCCUGCUGUCCAUAGCACUGGGUUCCAGCCCACCUCCUGUCCUCUUCUGCCUAUUGAGCAGUCAGAGAGCAGCAAGUCCUUAUAAGCCUCCCAAGGUCCUCUCUCCUCCUGCCCACCUAUCUCCCACCUCCAUCUCUAACUCAGGGUCAGAAAAUGAGUUUAACAAUGCACACUUCACACUCCUCGGGAUCCCCAAUAAACCCUUGCAGUGCUUGGACAUCACAGCCACCGGCCGGAAGCUCGGCGACAGGUACCGCAAGGGAAAGCUGGCGCCCAUUGCACCAGGCAUCAACCGGGUGGACUGGCCCUGCUUCACGCGCGCCAUCGAAGACUGGUCCCACUUCGUGUCCUCGGCCGGGGAGUUCAAGCUGCCCUGCGCGAGCAAGAGGGUCGAGGGUUUUAGCGGCUACGCGGUGCGGUACUUGAAGCCGGAUGUGACCCAGAGCUGGCGCUUCUGCCUCAACCAGAACCCCAGCCUGGACCGCUACGGACAGAAGCCCUUGCCUUUCGACUCCCUGAACGCUUUCCGACGCUUCGGCUCCCUCUACAGUCGUGUCAACUACCUGACCCCCUGGCAUUAAUCUGUGAAAAGGAGGCCGCCCCCCAAGCUGCUGGACUGUGCCAUCUCAGGUCCUCCAGCAGCACAGAGGGCAUGUGGUAGCACCACCCAUCUCCCCAGGAGUUAAGCAUGACUAAAUAUAAACCUAAUGCUCCCUCAGGAAGGCGUAUGUGUGUGCGUGCAUGUGUGCAUGUGUAUGUGUGUGGUUGCAGAGGCUGGGAGAGGGUCAGGACCACAGGAUGAAGCUUGCCUGUCCCUGUCAACUCCUGGAGGACUGGUAGGAGGCUGGAAAAAAGAUGUUUGGUGACCCUGGGGGGAGAGUCACAGGCUAAGCCCUAAGGCCCAGUCAGGGUUGAGGUGCAAGGGUAUGUCCAGGAGGUGGGUGUUCCUUGUGCUCCUGUCCCCUGCUUGCAGCCCCAACCCCAAACCCCCUCCACCUCACAUCCUGAACUUAAGCCCUAAGGAGAAAGGGAGAGGGUUAGAAAGGGAUUUUUAGGUGCCUCUUUCUGAAGUCCUCACCAUCUCAGUGUGCUCUAGGGGUUUUCCCUGUGCCCGGGUCCCCCUGAAGGGGUAGAAGCAGGUUCUGGGGGGCUGGUCAGGCCUAUGGCUUCUAUGCCCGGCAAAGCAGCAGAAUGCAGAACAUAAACCUGGAUGAGGUGCUGGAGAGC